AUGGUGCGACUUGGCACGGAACAAACUGGUCGAGAACGAAAGACGUCUGUUGUACAGCUUUUCCCAGUUCAGGUCGUUGUAGUCGGCUGUAACUCCGACCAUCAGCUUUCCACCAAGAACCUUGGACUCGUGCCAGUAUCUCAAAGGCUUAAUGUCGGUGGUGUCAAUGUCCGCGUAAAGACCACCCUUGAUGUAGACAAGCAGGUACUUCAAAAACUCGUAUUUCAAACGGUCGUGGGGCAAGAAUCUCAGAGCAUCAACAACCUCCGGCACACUUGGUCUUAG